UUUACUGCGCGAAGGCUGGUAGGUGCGUCAGGAACUUCCGGGUGAGACCGUGCGCAAUUUCCGGCCAAGAUGGCGACGCCCAGCAGAGUCAAGUGCAGGCGACUCUGUCUUUAGGUGCGGUGGUGGCUCGAGGCCCGGGAAGCAGACCCCCCAGAAGUCAACCCAUCAGGACGUCAGAGCUGUCUCAGCGGUGACCAUCUUCUCUCCUCAACACAUUCUUCCCUCCUUCACAAACGGUCCAUGGCAGACAAAGGCUCGGGGGGCAGUCGCCUCCCCCUGGCAUUGCCCCCGGCCUCGCAGGGUUGCUCGUCGGGGGGCAGCGGCUCCUCGGAGGGGGGUUCCGGCACUCCCCGGCCCCCACGUAGCCUCCAAGGCCUGCUGCAGAUGGCCAUCACGGCGGGCUCUGAGGAGCCAGAUACCCCUCCGGAACCCAUGAGUGAGGAGAGGCGCCAGUGGUUGCAGGAGGCCAUGUCGGCCGCCUUCCGAGGUCAGCGAGAGGAGGUGGAGCAGAUGAAGAGCUGCCUCCGAGUGCUGUCCCAGCCCACACCCUCCACUGCUGGAGAAGCCGAGCUGGCCUCUGACCAGCAGGAACGUGAGGGGUCCCUGGAGCUGCUGGCUGACCUGUGUGAGAACAUGGACAAUGCCGCAGAUUUCUGCCAGCUGUCAGGCAUGCACCUGCUGGUGGGCCGAUACCUGGAGGCGGGGUCUGCUGGGCUGCGGUGGCGGGCAGCACAGCUCAUUGGCACAUGCAGUCAGAAUGUGGCAGCCAUUCAGGAGCAGGUCCUGGGCCUUGGUGCCCUGCGCAAGCUGCUACGGCUGCUUGACCGGGACUCCUGCGACACGGUACGCGUCAAGGCCCUCUUCGCCAUCUCCUGCCUUGUCCGGGAGCAGGAGGCUGGGUUGCUGCAGUUUCUCCGCUUGGAUGGCUUCUCUGUGCUCAUGCGGGCCAUGCAGCAGCAGGUGCAGAAGCUCAAGGUCAAGUCGGCAUUCCUGCUGCAGAACCUGCUGGUGGGCCACCCCGAACACAAAGGGACCCUGUGCUCCAUGGGGAUGGUUCAGCAGCUGGUGGCCCUCGUGCGGACAGAACAUAGCCCUUUCCACGAGCAUGUGCUUGGAGCCCUGUGCAGCCUGGUGACAGACUUCCCCCAGGGCAUACGCGAGUGCCGGGAGCCUGAGCUGGGCCUGGAGGAGCUUCUGCGCCACCGCUGUGAGCUGCUGCAGCAACACGAGGAGUACCAGGAGGAGCUGGAGUUCUGCGAAAAGCUGCUACAGACCUGUUUCUCCAGCCCGACGGAUGACAGCAUGGAUCGGUGAAACCAGUUGGUUUCUUGCCCUCUUUUGUGGGAACCCCAGGCCUCCUGCCUCCCUCCCUCCCACGAUGCCAUCUCCCAAGGGAUUACAGUACCUUGGUGGUGCCUGGGCCUGGGUGUGCCAGCCUGUCUUUGGACAGACCCCUGGAGGGGUUUCUGAGAAAGGUGCUGGCUCCUUGGACCAUGUCCCCAUGCUAUAUCUCACCCCCCUCAUGUCUGCACUGUUCUUCCAAUAAAAUUGUUUCUCCUCCUCCUGCCUUCCACUGCCGCUGCCAUUGUCACUUCCUCUGGAGGGUGCUUGAGGGAGGGCAGGAGAAGCAUGAACAUAGGGGACUUGUGGAGCCAUUGGAGGAAUAAUAAAAGUGUUGCUGUUUAUCAUC